AUGAAAGUGAGCAGUGUUUGUGUUUUUGUUUUCUGGAUAGCUUUAGUCUUAUACUGGUUUUUUACAAGAAAUGGUGGAAACACACCACCAGGACCUAUAGGCCUUCCCUAUGUGGGUUACUUGCCUUUUCUCUCCCCGAAACCUUAUUUGGAUUUUCAAAGAUUAGCAAGAAUCUAUGGACCUAUUUUUAGUGUACGCUUAGGAACUGCUUUGCUUGUUGUGGUUGAUGAAUUGGAGCCAAACAAGAAAAUAUUUUUUGUCAACGACCCAUUUACGCUGAUAUUCAAUAGAACCAUUGAAGAAGAUGAUGAUAUAUUGGGUAGUAUAUUUGCUACUAUUAACGCUCAACUCUAUGAACUCAUAGUCCCACCCAGAAGACGAGGGAACUCCAGGAUCAAAUAUUGGGACCAUUUACAAGCAGCAGGGACUUCCGGUGAUGCUAUGAUUCAUGCUUUCUUUAUUCCUAAACAUACCUUCAUUGUUAUGAAUAUCUGGUCAGAGUAUCACAGCCGAGAAAAAUGGGGAGAAGACUAUUCUGAUUUCAAUCCAAGAAGAUUUAUAUCGGAAAACAAUAAAACUCUUCUAAAACCAACAGAUUUUUCUAUUAACUUAGAUUCUUGGGCGAGAAUUAAGAAAGACUGUCUCUUUGCAAGAAUUUUUUAUGCAUUUGUAACUAUUUUGAAAAAAUUCUUGGUCACUGCUCCUGAAAGAAAACUGCCCUUGUUAGAAGAAAAGUUUAAUUGGUGUUUAACACCUCAAAAACAAGAGUUACGGUUAAUUCGUAGACAUUAA